AUGCCUGAUACAAAAGCUCCGUAUGAAUUAAAAGACUUGAAGUCUGGUAGUGCUGUGAUCACAAGUACUACAGAUAGAGAAGUCGAAUAUUUAGAUGAUCAAAUAAAUAAUAGUUACGAUGAAAGUUCAGUGCGUAAUCGUAAAACUAAAGAAGGCACUUUUGUAAGGAGUUUUAUAGAUUCUUUUAAAAGAGCUGAUAGAAACUCAAACCCUUUGCAUGAUUUGGAUAAUGAUAUUACUACAUCAAUUUCAAGAACUUCGAUGGAUGCAGCUUUAAAUAAAACUAAAUUCGAUGAUGCUAUCUCAUCUUCCAUAUCUGAAACAAAUAAAGGUCACCAAAAUGAAAAAUCUGAAGAUUUAAAGAAAACUAUUAAGCCAAGACAUGUCAUUAUGAUCUCUUUAGGUACUGGUAUUGGUACCGGUCUUUUGGUUGGUAAUGGUCCAGUUUUAAGUAAGGCUGGUCCAGCGGCUUUAGUCAUUGGUUAUGCUAUCAUGGGUACUUGUCUUUAUUGUAUUAUUCAAGCAGCUGGUGAAUUAGCUGUGGUUUAUAGUGAUUUAAAUGGUGGGUUUAACGCUUAUCCAUCUUUCUUAGUCGACCCUGCCUUAGGGUUCUCUGUCGCUUGGGUUUAUUGUCUACAAUGGUUAUGUGUUUGUCCUUUAGAAUUAGUUACAGCUUCAAUGACCAUUAAAUAUUGGACUACCAAAGUUGAUCCAGAUGUUUUCGUGGUGAUAUUUUAUGUAUUAAUUAUUGCUAUCAACACUUUUGGUGCCAGAGGUUACGCCGAAGCAGAAUUUUUCUUCAACUGUUGUAAAGUCUUAAUGAUGACAGGUUUCUUCAUCCUAGGUAUUAUUAUCACUGCUGGUGGUGCUGGUAAUGACGGUUAUUUAGGUGCUAAAUACUGGCAUGAUCCUGGUGCUUUCAAUGGUGACAAAUCUAUCGAUAGAUUCAAAGGUGUUAUGGAUACUUUCGUCACUGCAGCUUUUGCCUUUGGUGCAACUGAAUUUAUUGCUUUGACUGCCGCUGAACAGUCGAACCCAAGAAAAGCUAUUCCUUCUGCUGCUAAAAAAGUUUUAUACAGAAUUGUUUGUAUUUUCUUAGCCUCAAUUACUUUGAUAGGUUUCUUGGUCCCAUAUAAUUCUGAUCAAUUGUUAGGUUCUGGUGGUAGUGGUAUCAAGGCUUCUCCAUACGUUAUCGCUGUUUCUUCUCAUGGUGUCCGUGUCGUUCCUCAUUUCAUUAAUGCAGUCAUUCUAUUAUCUGUCUUAUCUGUCGGUAACUCUGCUUUCUACUCAAGUUCUCGUCUAUUACUAUCCUUAGCUCAACAAGGUUAUGCGCCAAAAUGGUUCGACUACGUCGACAGAGAAGGUAGACCUUUUAGAGCGAUGUUGAUGUCAGCUUUGUUCGGUGUCAUUGCUUUCUGUGCUACUUCUCCAAAGGAAACUGAAGUUUUCUCAUGGUUAUUGGCUAUUUCAGGUCUAUCUCAAUUAUUUACAUGGAUCACAAUCUGUGUUUCUCAUAUUAGAUUCAGAAGAGCUAUGCAAGUACAAGGUAGAUCAUUAGGCGAAGUUGGUUACUUGUCCCAAUCUGGUGUUUAUGGUUCUGCCUAUGCCGCUAUCAUGUUGUUCUUGGCUUUAAUCGCACAAUUCUGGGUGGCCAUUGCUCCUAUCGGUGAAGGUAAAUUAGAUGCAGAAAACUUCUUCCAAAAUUAUUUGGCUAUGCCAAUUCUAAUUGCGUUCUAUUUUGGUUACAGAGUCUGGAAAAGAGAUUGGAAACUGUUUAUUAGAGCCAAAGACAUUGAUUUAGAUACUCAUAGACAAAUUUUUGAUGAAAAUAUUUUGAGACAAGAAGAUGAAGAAUAUAAAGAAAAAUUGAGAAAUGGUCCAAUGUGGCGUAGAUUCCUUGCCUUCUGGUGUUAG